AGGAAAUUAGGCAAAGGCUUUACUAUUAUGCUUGAAUCAACUAAAAGGAAUAGACAUGAAUGCCAUUUUUUACCCUGAAAAAUCGAUAGGUGGCGGCUCCCUUCUGUUUCAGGUAACUCUAUUUUGCACAUUGGCUUGGUCAGUUGUCUGGUUUCUGCUUACAUUUAGCUUUCUAAUUUUUAAGGCUUCCAUUCUACCGUUUCCCCUAGCUGCACUUACUAUGGAAAUUGUAUCAACAUUUCUAGUUUUAGUGGUCGAGCUUCUCAGUGUCAUAACAGGUAUUCGCGGAAACCUUACUGAGUGCAGAACGACUAUAGUUGUGUCAAAUAUUCUCCUUUUUGUUGGGGGUAUAGGUGCAUUCUAUUAUAUGUGGCUUCAAACGUAUGUUAUGAUGCUUGAUCUUGCAUUUUCAGCCAUCUUACUAGGUGUAGAUGCACUCACGUUCCUGUCCGGGUUCUGGGCUCUACAUAAUACUUUUCGAAGACAAGCAGGUUGGGCUUUUAUGCCAUACCAUAGAGAGAUAGAUAAAAAAAAACAAUAG